AUGGCGCUUUCUGCAGCUUUCAAGGAGAGACUGGAUCAAAUGGAGUUUACGAGAAACCAACGACUCCAUCUUCUCCAGGCGGAGAAAGAGUUACAAAUGGAGAAAUCGCAGAUUCUAGCAUCGAAGCACGCAAGUAUUCAAUUCAUAGAGCGAAGAUGUUUGAUGCUCGAACAAAAGAUCGCUGCACAAAACCUCAAGAUCACGCUUCUCAGAUCUACCAUACAAGAUCUCGAUUCCAAACACCGCUGCUCUAUUCAGCAACUGAGGACGCUUAAGAGCGAGGUUGAAGAGUUGGAGGAGUUAGAUGAAGAGAGGGACAAGUACUACAAACUAAAACGCUCUGAGAUGAAUGAGUUCGUGCAAAAUGUUGAGCGGUUUAGAUCGGAGAACCGGGUACAAGUCGAGAGCCUGAGACGCCGUGUCAAGGAGCUUAGCUCAACGUUCGAUCAAGUUCAUAAGAAGAACAAUUAUCUGAGGAACACGAGUUAA